AUGGCCAGUGGCAGUGGAGGACAUAGGACGGACAGUCCGUUCAUCAUAGACCAUGAUGAGGAUUCGGUCUUGGAUCAUGAGCUGGUCGAUGAUGCUAUCGAAGCUGAUGACCCGCUUGGUUCGACAACCGACCGUACACCAUUAACCGGAAACAUUGCAUCCUCCUCAGCACCCGGAGGAGCUUCAAGAGCCCCCGUGUCAAGUUCAUACCUCACCUCUUCCAUACCGGGAGAAGACCGCCGUGCGCCCCAAAAUACAAUCGACGAGUCUGUUUGGGAUACCCUCUCCCGGGACCUUUUGGCAGUAUGGGAGAAGAUGAGACAGGUGCUUUGGCCGCAAUAUCUGCUAGGCGGCAUGAUGAUGCGUGGAGGGGGCGGCAGCGGAGGCUCUGCAGAACGGGGUGAGGCAACCGGGUUUGGUAGUGAGAGCCUUGGUGCCCUACGCGGGCUCGUAGGGAGAUUGCCCGACGCAGAUGCCGUCUUGCAAGGUGGGAUGAGCGAAGGUCUUAGAAAUUGGGAUUUAUGGGGCCCGUUGAUAUUCUGUCUCCUGUUGAGUAUGUUCCUUGCAAUGGGCAAGGGUGACCAGUCUAGCCUAGUGUUCUCGGGCGUAUUCUGCAUUGUGUGGAUCGGUGAAGCCGUUGUCACUCUACAAAUUAAGCUGCUCGGCGGUAACAUGUAA